AUUUUAUUUAUUAAAUAUUAGCCGAUUCUCGUCAAGUUCUCGUCGGAGUCACACUUGCCCAUGUGCUUGCUCGCUCGCCCGCUCGCUUGUUUGCUAUCUGUUUCCAAUAGAACGACAUAGACUAUAGAUGCUUUCGAGUCUGGAGCUAGCAUCCGGUGAUCAGUUCUGCUAAUCAUCGCCAGUCGAUGAUCCAUGCAUGCAUAGCCAUGGCUACCUUGCAAACAGCCAUUCAGGGCGCUAGCAAAGCCGCCGCUGUCAUAAUUCCUUCGAGGCCAGAUGCCCUGACGAUCAGCUAUGAGACCCUCCUGUCCGAGGUGGCAUCCUUCCAGGCCAAGCUAGCCGCCAUUGGCAUCUGUCGGGGAUCUGCCGUCUCCAUUGCGACGGUCAACUCGUACGAAUUCAUCGUCUCCUUCCUGGCCACCUCUUGGCAACGGGGCAUAGCUGCUCCGCUGAACCCGGCCUAUAAGCAGGACGAGUUCGAGUUUUACAUUGACGAUGUCAAGUCGGCGAUCGUCCUGGUUCCCAGGGGUGCCUUCCAGGCCGCCAGUCCUGCCGUGAAAGCUGCCAGGAGGUUCAAUGCUGCGAUUGCCGAGUGUUACUGGGACCAUGACAAGGGGGAGGUUGCGCUUGAUGUGAAGGACCUUGGCCAGCUCAAUGGGAAAGCCAAGCAGCCCAUCCUGAAGCCAGAGCCAGAUGAUGUCGCGCUGGUGCUGCAUACAAGUGGGACAACAUCGAGGCCGAAAGUGGUCCCACUUUCGCAUCGCAACUUGACCAGAACGAUGAAUAACAUCCAAGCUACUUACCAACUCACAGCCAAGGAUCGCACCAUGCUUGUCAUGCCGCUCUUCCAUGUCCAUGGGCUUCUGUGUGCGCUGCUUGCCACGUUGUACUCGGGGGGCUCCAUGAUUGUGCCUACCAAGUUCUCUGUGUCCGAUUUCUGGAAGGAUUUCAUCACACACAAGGCCAACUGGUAUACCGCCGUGCCGACGAUACAUCAGAUUCUCCUCAAGAGCCCCCCGCCGAACCCGGCGCCAUACAUCCGCUUCAUCAGAUCAUGCUCGUCCCCGCUUUCUCCCACUGUCUUCCAUCAGCUAGAAGAGGCAUUCAACGCCCCGGUCCUCGAGGCGUAUGCCAUGACGGAGGCUGCUCACCAGAUGACGUCCAACCCACUGCCCCCCGGAAAGCGGAAGCCUGGCAGCGUCGGCAUUGGCCAGGGAGUGGAAGUAGCCAUCCUCGACGAGGACGGCAACGACGUCCCACAGGGCAAGGAAGGGGAGAUUUGCAUUCGCGGCGAGAACGUCACGAAGGGGUACCUCAACAACCCUUCGGCCAAUGCCUCGGCCUUCACCAAGGGCGGCUUCUUCCGCACCGGAGACCAGGGCACCAAGGACGAGGACGGCUAUAUCAUCAUCACCGGCCGCAUCAAGGAGCUGAUCAACAAGGGCGGGGAGAAGAUCUCCCCCAUCGAGCUGGAUAACGUGCUCACGACGCACGCAGCCGUGUCCGAGGCGGUGAGCUUCGCCAUCCCCGACGAGUUGUACGGUCAGGACAUUGGCGUUGCCAUUGUCCUGAAGGCGGGAGCGAAGCUUGGACAGGACGACCUCAGGGGAUGGAUUGCGGAGAAGUUGGCCAAGUUCAAGGUUCCCAAGAAGAUCUAUUUUACAGAAGUCAUGCCGAAAACGGCAACGGGCAAGAUCCAGCGUCGGAUCGUGGCGGAGACGAUGCAGAAACAGGACACGAAGGCGAAGUUGUAAAGUUGGCUCGGCAUGGGUUGCCAUCGGUAAGCCCUAUACUGUCGAUGCGGUAUGGAAUAUCCAGUUUUCGUAUAUUCCAAACCGUGGGAUCGUCAGAGCUUUGAAGUGCGAUGUUGACAUAGAUGUGGGGUACUUCGGGACGGAUAUGAAAGGCUAGAGAGAGCCGGGGAAGAAUAGAAUAUAGACUUCUCAAUAUCUUAUUGCAAAGGGGAGAGUGUGUGUGUGUGUUUCAAAUUCAGGGGUAGGAGCGAGUAAAUAGACGUGUUGUUUAAUAUUUGAUGCCGGUUAUUGCUUUUUCUGGAGCAGAUCAGCGCCCGAUGCAUGAUACCGCAGUACAUGCACGCUGAGCCGCACUACAUGUCUCUGGCAGGGCGUUGUGGAACGGCUAACAUAC